UAGCAAGGUUGUAUUGUUUGAUCAUCAGGCUUGUCUGAGGAGAGGCGUUGUUUUUUUUUUUUUCCUUGAAAGCUUCGUGUUUUAGGAAGGAAGAGAGGGCUACAAUGACCAGGCAGGACUAUCUGCAUGCAGUUCGACUUUAGGAUUAAUGGAAAUGUGCGCAUUCAGGGUUAGAGGGCUACAACGUUUCGGUCAUAGGGGAACACAGAAACAACAACAAAAUAUGAACAAGAAGAAGCAAGGGAGCAGAGGAAGGAAGAGAGGCCACGGAAGAGGACAUGGCAGAUAACUUUACAGAUGAAAACUCAGAAUAGGAUCAUUGAACAAGUAUGGCGAGCAACAGUAACUUCAUCUAUCAGCAAACAAGCAACAAUCCUAGCAACAUAACUCAUUCCCAAGAAGGUGAUGGAUUGCACAGUCAGAUAAAUAGAAAAUGGAGUGGACCUCCCAUUUUACCAAAUAAUUCUGUAGCUCUCCCUUCUGAAGCUGCUGAUGGUUAUAGAAAAGUUGUUUCUCUGAAUUCACUUCCUGGUAGUGGUGACAGUCUUGCAUUUCUGCAAACUGCAUGUGCAAAAGUAGCUCGCAAUCCCUUGCUUGCAGACCUUUUGACCAGUACUUCAAAUGUAAACUCUACUCAGCAAGGCAGUAUUACAUCCGAACAAAUCUCAGAGCCAUUCUCAUGCCGUAUUGGUCAACCUUCAGUUGCAUUACAACAGGCUUCCAUGGUACCUAUGAUGCAAAACCUUUUGCAAAAUAAUGCACCACCCCCACCGUACCCUUUUACUUCAUCACGUCCAAGUGGUGUGGCUUUAGCAGGUGUACAACUUUCAGCAUGGCAGCAGUCUGUAAAUGGAAGUAGUUCAUCACAAGGGGUGGUGAAUGUGCAGCCAUCUUCUCAAAUACAAAAUUGUAAUGGAAGUCCAUUACGAAGAAUAAAUGGGCAAAUUUACAUUUAUCGAAAUGGCACUUGGUUUAGGUUCCCACAACAGGGAGGUGUAUCAAGGCCUGCUGUUCAGCAGCAGUUAGCUGCAAAUAAUGGAAACGUAUCUCAUCUUAAGCCAGUGUUGUCCUUCCAGCAGCAAAAUCCGAGAGCUAAGCACUACGUGUACACAUCACAGGUUGCAUCUUCAUCACAACAUAAUGUAGCUGUUUCUAAACAGAACUCUCUUACUCGGGAUGUAACAUCACAGCAUAUGCAGUCUUGCAGUGAAAAGCAGAAUGGAUCACCUCAGAGUUAUGCACUACACCAGCAGUCCAGCAUAGUAUCUUCAACAAAUAAUGCACAGACUUUUCGUCAGCCAUAUUGCAAUAUUUUUUUUGUAAAUGAUCCAAAUCAGAAUGUGUCUCUUCCUUCUGACCAACAAAAUGCAGUUCAAAGAGGAAUGCAGCAGCAGUUGAGACCUGGUGCCCAACAUUUGACAGGAUACCAUAUGACUGAAGGUUUGCAGGGAAAUGUACAAACCAACUGGUCUACAAAUGAGCCUGUGAUUUCUGGGUCUGUAGCUAGAAAUCCUGCCACAACAGAACCAAACUGGAAUAACACAAAUGGAUUUUUUGGUCCCAAUAUAUUUCCAUCACACAUGCAACAGCCUUCUGUUCCCUGUGGUGUCACGCAGCAGCCUUCUGUUCCCUGUGGUGUCACGCAGCAGCCCUCUGUUCCCUGUGGUGUCACGCAGCAGCCCUCUGUUCCCUGUGGUGUCACGCAGCAGCCCUCUGUUCCCUGUGGUGUCACGCAGCAGCCCUCUGUUCCCUGUGGUGUCACGCAGCAGCCCUCUGUUCCCUGUGGUGUCACGCAGCAGCCCUCUGUUCCCUGUGGUGUCACGCAGCAGCCCUCUGUUCCCUGUGGUGUCACGCAGCAGCCCUCUGUUCCCUGUGGUGUCACGCAGCAGCCCUCUGUUCCCUGUGGUGUCACGCAGCAGCCCUCUGUUCCCUGUGGUGUCACGCAGCAGCCCUCUGUUCCCUGUGGUGUCACGCAGCAGCCCUCUGUUCCCUGUGGUGUCACGCAGCAGCCCUCUGUUCCCUGUGGUGUCACGCAGCAGCCCUCUGUUCCCUGCGGUGUCACGAAUAGCUACAUGGAGCUGAAUAGAAAUGAGCCUUGUAGUAAUUUGUCAUUGAAAGAAGGAGCACAUUUUACCCAAGGAGUUAAUCAGUCACCUGCUUAUCCCUACAGUCGUCAGAGUGCACCUGUCAUGCAGAUGACCUCAAAUAAUGUAAAUGAGUGUUCUGUGAAUUUAAACAGCCAGAAUAACUGUUUGACAGUUAGUCAGAGGGUUGCUGCAUCAGAAGAUUUUCUGGUAUGUCAGAAUGGCAUGAAAAAAUCAUGCAGUACAUCUAUUCAGUCCAUUAAUUUUCAGCAUCCAUCAGUACAACAACAGUGCAACAAUUUAAAUUUGGUUACCUCUCUCGGGAAUCCAGGUACAAUUCGAAUAGAGUCUUGCCAAAGUGAAAGUGAGCCACAACCUAACUAUGCAUUUCCACAGGCCACUGUGUAUGAAAAAGCAUCUACCUCCCGAGUGGUCUGUGAGCAAGGACAGCCCAGUCACCCUACAAUCCUUGCUCUUCAAAACGCAGCUAAUGAUAUUCUAUCUAGAGGUCAGAUGAAUACUUUUGCCAAUCAGUUAGGUCGCAGCCCAAAAAAUGGACGUUUAGAAGGAGAAAAAAAUUACAGCUUUCCUGGUUUAAACAGUUUUGCUUCAGUUUCAUUCUCUGCUCCAGAACAGCAAGUGCAACAGAGUUCUUCACCUAGUGGCAAUGUUUUACAUCUUUCCGGCUAUGUCCAACAAAGCAGGCUUUUAAAUUCUUUAGCACCUACAGUUCAGAGACUGCCCAUAGACCCUAAUGUAAAUUUAAAGGCUGCAGCUGUGCUGUCAAGUAAAGAAAACUCAAAAGUAAUUAAAGAUGAUUUGGUAGAUUCUGCUUUGGGUAGGCAAAAUUUUACUUCAGAGCCAUUAAGUAUGCCUGUUCACAAUGUACCAUUGCAGAAACAGAACUCUUGGCCACAGCCUCAUCCCAAAUCAUCAUGUGUAAAUGAGCCAAGUAUUUUAAACACCACCAGCAGUAAUCAGAAAGUUUUACAGCAGCCUUGUAAAUCAGUUGAAGUCAAACAAGAGGAAGAAGAUAUAAGCAAACUACAUUCCUGUUCUUUUUCAAAUCAAAAUGGUAAAGACAUUUCUGCCAGUCAGCAGUCGAAUCAGUUGACCACAAACCAGAAUAUAUUUCAGUUUCCUAAUGAGUUUGGGAAGGGUAUUGAGGAGGCAAUAAUGGCUAUUUUUAGAGCAGAUCCUUCAUUCUUCAGGUCCCAGCUGUCUAAAUCAGUGGAACUGCCAUCUACGGAAGCUAGCAAAACUGAUUCAAGACAGAUUGCUUCUUUAGUGUGCCAUCAGUCCGAUCAUUCUAUGCUGUCUGUCUCAAACCUGCCCCAGAUGCCAGGUGUCUUGGAAAACAAAGCGAGAAACAGCAUUGAAGAGCCGGCAUCAUAUGCCACAUUUCCCACUGCUGGCAUAGUGUCUCACAAUUCUGGAGCAGUAAAUGUUUGUCGUUUGCAGAAAGGAAAUCAGCCACAGAUUGCUGUAGUUCCUCCUAUAAUACUUCCAUCCGUCAAACACAGGAAGCUUACUGACAAUCAAGAGGGAGAGUCUGCUAGUGGCAAAGGCAAAAAGUGCAGCAGAUUGAUAGAAGACAUAAAGAGUAUUUCUUUAGUUGUAGUGAAUGCGGCACAUCAGCCUGAUUCCUUGAAAAGUAAUUCUGAUAUUCUUAAUGGGUGUGCCAGUGUUGAAGGCAUGGAUAUUAAAUUACCAUUUGGAGUGGACAGGUCUCUUGUUGUAAGUGCAGAUAAAAACCUAGCAAAGGUGGUAAAAGACAGUAGUGUCAGUGCCUCUGAAAAGUCUGUUUCUGUUAACAAGGUAAGUACUGCGUACAAUGAUGGGGUGAUUAAACAGGAGCUUGUUCAUCAUGUGACCCAUAACUGUGAUGAAAGCACUAGCAGUAUGUCCUUAUAUUCACCAGACGAAGGUGUUGAACUGGAUUUGUCCUUUGGAAUUUCUGGUGUAUGCUCACUUGCAGCAGAGGACUUCAGCAGUCUAGAUGACAAAAAACUAAUUGAAUUAUCAUCUGCUUAUAUGAGUAAUGAUUUUCAAGCUUCCAAAAAUGGAAAUGCAUUGCAGCAGUCAAAGCAAGAAGAUCUGCACCAAGAUGAACUUGGUGUAAAGGAUGAGCUCUGUAAUGAAGAAAAUCCUCCAUUGUCUUCUGAUUUGAGUGCUGCCAAACCUGUGGAGGCUCUGUAUGCAAAUUUUUCUAAUGGUAUUGGAGCUUCCAAAAAUGGAAAUGCUUUGCUACAGUCGAAGCAAGAAGAUCUGCACCAGGAUAAACUUGGUGUAAAAGAUGAGCUCUGUAAUAAUGAAGAAAAUCUUCCAUUGUCUUCUGAUUUGUGUACCGCCAAACAUGUGGAGGCUCUGUCUGCAGGUUUGCCUGUUGCCAAACCUGUGGAAGUUCUGUCUGAUUCCAUAGAUAAAGCCUCAGGUUCUCUAGCAAAUAUAACUUGCAGUGAUUCAGAACAUUUGGUUGAGCCUACUAAUCUGAUACCCCUGAAGUCUCAGAAAGAAGAAAAGCAGUCAACGCCUCAUAAAAUCUUGAAUGAGAACACUGAAGCCAUUUUAACUUUCUGGAAUCCUGUGGAUUUUAGUGAGCUGGAUGCUUCAAACAAAGAGUGUGGAACUGGUCAGCAAGUAUUUGAACAAAGUGGAAUCCAUCACUCAGAAGCUGCUAACAGUACUGAUGAGCGUGCCUAUCCUUGUCAUUUAUUUAGUCCGCACGAUGAAGCUGGCACUAGGGUUUUUUCAGAUGCUUCAGCAUCUGCCAUAGGUAGCCAGUUGCCUGAACUGUGUGAAGAAUUUCCAUUUGGAGUGGCAAACCGGAAAACUUUAGUCACCAAAAAAACAGCUGACAAAUCUGAGCAGACCACAGAAUAUUUUUCUUCUAUAAGCCAUACCAAAGUUUCUACAUCAGGUACUUCUCUGCCUACACUGGAGCAGGUUAUGAAGCUGGCCGCACCAUGCAGCAACCAGUUCGAAAUGAAAAAUGUUAACAAUGUGGUGUCGUACUGCACGGCUCCUAUUUCAGAAGGCACUUCCACUAAUGUGGUGUCUUACUGCACGGCUCCUAUUUCAGAAGGCACUUCCACUACUGAAAAGCUCUCUGAAAUGACUCCAUCUUACAGUACAGCAUCUACUACUACAAGCUGCACUGAAGAAGAGAUUUCAGCUUUUAUUACCGAUUCUGAAAUUGAAGCAGUGACUUCAUCUGCUGAUGGCUUGGAGAAGAUUAAUACUGACACUGUAAGUCCCAGAAACCAUGCUUCAGUAGAAUGUAAAGUUUCAUUAAGUGUUGGCCCAAAACAGACUGCAGAGGAGAUGGUGAAGUCCAUUGAGCAGCCUGAGGUAGCUGCAGCCAACAGCUCUCUUUUUGGCUCGGGAAAGAUUUCACUUCCAGGUCCUGAACAGCAGUUGGAAGUAAAAGCUCUAACUUCUGGUGUAGUAUCUAGUGUUCUAGACCAGACUGUAAAAGAGAGUGUUCCUUCAGAGUACCAGUCUAGUUUUUACAAAGGGAAAGAUACCACAGACUCUGUAGGUAUGCAACAGUCUUCAAAAGAGGAAGACGUCCUGAGCUGUGUAACAAUAACUGUGUUAGAUACUACAAAGAUUAAUACGUUUUCUACUACAUGUAAUGUUCUGUCAAAUGACUGCAAAGCAGAUAUUAAAAAAUCUCUCACUUAUGACGAGCAGAAGGGCUCCAACACUGCUUCCACAGACCUGUGGAGUAGUAGCAGUAGUGAGCAAAAGUAUUUAGCAAAGUCUUUUAAAAAUGAAGCACUUGAUGAAGACAAAGCGCGCCAAACUUAUUGCUGCAUGUAUGGGUGGCUGCUAAAUGUUUAUGGGAAUGGCCCUGGUUGUGCAUGUGAGACCAAUAAAAACACUCCAGAACUGAGUAGCUUAAAAGGCUGUAAAUCUCUCCCUGAUCAAAGUUCAAUAACUAGUAAUUCCGUGGAAAUAACUGAAGAAAAAUUCAUGUUUAGUGAAAGUCUGAGUACUCCUCUGCAAACGUUUUGUAAACAAACGGAUGUGCAAAACUGCGUUAAAGCUUCUUAUUCCACUGAUCAAAACUUAAACUACACGAGUGUGAAGGAAAGCCAUGCUGACAAAAAUAAGAAGAAAAAGAAGCAUGACAAGCAUAAAGUGUCCAAACAUCAGCAUACAGAGUACGAAGCUGGUCAGAAGAGCCACGAAUUAGAAGGACUUUGUGGUGAUGGCUGUAAAACGAGUAAAGCAAAUGCAGAAGAAAAUGUGCCUCAACAGUUGGGUAGUAGUGAUGCAAAGGUAAAUAAACCUCUUGGUACAGAGAAACAUAGUAAAGAUUUGUCAAAAAGGAACAUGCCAGAAAGUUUUUCUGACUCGCGUGUAUCUAAAUGGAAAUGUUUAGCAGAGACAGAUGAUGCAACCAAAACUAAACCAAAAAUAGAAAGUCUCUCUUCCAAGUCAAGCUCAUUAGAGUCUGUGAAAUUAAAUGUUCAUGCUUUUAAACCACAUAAGCAGUCAGUUGAUCAUUGUGAUGAAAAACAGAGGAAACGGACUAAGCUUGACGGUUGUGAAAAAGUGACAGGCAGUCUGUCUAAAGUCAGCAGUGUCAAAAGCUGUGAAAAUAAAUGCAGAAAGGAAGUGUUCACAGAAAAAAGUCUUAAAUCAGUAAAGGCAGUGCCUACUUCUGUUAAACCUUUGAAAUGCAGCAAUGAAAAAGACUCUGAAUAUAAAUGCAAAAAAAAUAUUUCUGCAGAAAAACUGCAUCUUAAUGCACAUUUUGCAGUAAAGGUAGAGUCUUCCUCUGUAAAGCCAUUCAAAUUUAGCGGUGUAAAACACUGUGAAAUUAAAUGGAAAAAGGAAAUGUCCACAGGAAAAAAAUGUAUUAGUGUGCCCCUUGCUGUAAAGGCAGUCUCUGCCUCUUGUAGUAAAAGUACAGACAGUUGUCCUAAUCUCCCACGCAAACCAGUUGGUGAAAGUAAGAAGGUCAUAACCGUUCAGCAGUAUUUGGAGAGGAAAAAAAAUCCUAAGAACAAAGUUGCUACAAUGGCAUCACAAAGUAAGUACUCUAAUACUACAGAAACAAUGGGUGUACCAGCCAAAAGUCAACAUUGUGCUGUAUCCAGUGCACAAAAAGUGUCUCCUGGAAAAGAAAGUGCUGUCAAACGACAAAGUGAACACCAGUCCUGCCCCUCACUUGGUGAACAUGUUAGCAAGCGUUGUAAGUUAAGUUCACAACCUAGAAGUGAUAAUAAACCCUGUAAAGCAUAUUCAGAUGCUAAUCCUAAAAUUAAACUCUAUGUACAUUCACAGACUUUACAAGUUGAUAAGCACUGCAAAGUGGGAUCUCAAUCUAUGACACCCAUAGCAACCUCUAAGACUCCUGCAAUGCAAACCAAAUUGGUUUCCCAGAACCUAAAUAAGGAAAACCAUACAAAAGCAGCCGUGGUAGAAAGCAAGCACAAAAGCUUCAACCAACUAAAAAGCAGGUUAUGGUAUUCUAGUAUAGCUGAUAAAAUUAAAAAGAAAUGUAAGGAUGCUUCUGGACCUGCAAAAACAUACCACAUACCAAAAAGACUACCUGUGAAUAAAACCUGGUCUUCCAUGAACUCCGAAAGGAGGCAUUUAAAAAAUACAGUUGUUGACGCUGUUCAUUCAACAAAAGAGUUCUCCCUGGUGAGCCAGGAGAAGGCAGAGAAUAGCAAAUUGUCAUCAGAUAAAAAUUAUGUCAUACCAAGAAUGAUAGCAUUUCAUCUGUGGCCAGAUACAGUAGUUCUCACUGAAAGCACUGAAGAUGUCAGGAUACCGCCUACGAAAGAAGUACACCCAGUUGGAGACCAUGUGAUAUCCAGUUAUAUCACAGGAAAAAGGACCAAACGCCCACUUGCCCAAAAGAAGGGGUGGCAACAUCAAGCCAGGUUUCUAGCUCUGACACAGAAUCCAGGAAGAAUCCGAAGUGGAAGGGGAAAAGUCUUCAUAGGCCCUCCCUCUGAAAAAGAAAUCAAGAGCAAAAAAGAAGAUUGGUUAAAGGGAGUUAAUUCACUGAAAAAUGCAGAAAAGACUGUUAAUGCGCUGAAAAAUGCAGAAAACACAGACACACAAGCUGGACAGUCUACAUUAACACCUUGCAGUUUUCAAGGAGAAGCACUCAACUCAACAGAAAAAGAAGAAAGUCAAGUGUCAGAUGAGAAAAACUCAAAAAAAGUAGUGUUUCAGAAGUACAGAGACAUUUAUUUGUCCAGAAGUAAUAGCAACUGAAUCAAGACUGCCCAUUAUCAAAGUCUUUUGAGUAUGCUACAUGAAAAGAAAAGCGAAGCUGCUUCAUUUGCUGUUAGAGGGCUUAGCACCAAGUGUAGUAAUGCUAGCACUUUAGUUCUUUUGCAGUGCUUAAUAUGACCAUAUGAUAAUGUCAUAUUUGUGCUGAUGGGACUUGUGUCAGCAUUAAAAUGCUCUGAUGCGAGUGAGGUACAGUAGUGAAGUAGCGCAGGGUCAUUCAUUAAUGAAUACAGUCGGGAGAGUGAAAUCAUGAUGGUCCAAAUUUAGUAGCUGUUGAAAUGUGGGUAAUAUUGUAUGAAAGCCAAUGCCAGCGAGUGUCUGGUAAGAAGUGGUACAGAUUGCGUACAUUUUCUCUGACUUAAACUGCAGUCAAGCACUUUGGAAUAUUGUUGAAAACUGUUAAAUGCCAAGUAUUCUUUACUUGCUGCUGUUCCUGUGGAAAGUUUGAUGAUGUCAACUGAUGUAUUGUUUUUCUAAACAUUUUCAGGCUUUUAAUUUUAGGAGGAUAUAUUAAGGAAGGAGUAGACUAAUUGCUUUAGUGCAAAGGGAACAGACGCAUACAGUAUGUUACUGUGUCAGAGUUAAAAUUUUAAUUUGAAUGUUCAUUUGCAGAGAGAUUACUUGCAUCACUAGACAAAAGUGGUCGAGUAUUACAUUUUGCUGGAUCAAAUUUGGUGCAGUAAGUACAACCAUAGAUAAUACAUUUGCUAAUCCAUUUGCCACUGCUUUGACAGUUCUGAGGACUUUUUUUUUGAUAAUUAUAUAUAUAUAUAUAUAUAUAUAUAUAUAUAUAUAUAUAUAUAUAUAUAUAUAUAU